CAAGGUUUCUUUUGCAUCUGUUCUUUCUUCCAUUUUCGUGUGUCUCCGUUCCUCCUUUUUUUUUGGUAUAUCUUUUUCAACCCCCUUCUCUCUCUCUCUCUCUCUCUCUCUCUCUCUCUCUCUCUCUCUCCACUUGAUUCCUCCAAAAAUGAAAAUACACUAGCUACUGCAUCUAAUUCUCUUCUCUCUCAUCAUUCCCAACUCUCUUCAAAUUCAGAUCUACCCUCUCACUAAAUCAAAGAACCAAAGACCCAGAACAAACUCUAACUCUCUAUUUCCAGAAGUGCUGUUUGAAUUGGCAAGUCUGGCUAACCGGUGGUGGACCGGAGGCCAGCCAGGCCUGCCUGGUGUAGAGCCGGCGGCAGCUAGCUCGACCAUGCUCAACAAGCGCGAUCUAGAGAUAUCGCUGAAUGAAGGAAGCGCGCUAAAUUCUGGUCAUGGUGACGAAGAGGAAGAUAGAGACGGAGACGAGCCUAAAGAAGGCGCGGUUGAGGUUGGGACUCGUAGACCUAGGGGCCGCCCUCCCGGAUCGAAAAACAAGCCGAAACCGCCGGUUUUCAUGACUAGGGAUAGCCCUAACGCGCUCCGUAGUCAUGUCAUGGAAGUAGCAGGAGGUACCGACGUAGCAGAGAGUAUAGCUCAAUUCGCCCGGAGGCGUCAGAGAGGGGUGUGCGUGCUCAGUGGAAGUGGAUCGGUUGCCAACGUGACGCUGAGGCAGCCGGCUGCUCCGGGCGCUGUGGUAGCGCUUCACGGAAGGUUUGAGAUUCUAUCCUUGAUUGGUACUUUUUUGCCAGGACCGUCCCCGCCUGGUUCCACCGGCCUGACGGUGUACCUGUCCGGCGGGCAGGGACAGGUGGUGGGAGGAAGCGUGGUCGGAUCGCUUGUGGCGGCAGGGCCAGUGAUGGUCAUCGCCACCACUUUUACUAACGCGACCUAUGAGAGAUUGCCUCUAGAAGAGGACGAUGAUCAGGCGCAAUUGCCCGGUGCUGCUGCAGGAAAUUCGUCCCCCGUUAUGGAAAGUAACGGGGGACAACCGGAGCAUCGCCUGCCUGAUAUCUCUCCCUUCCCUAUUUACAAUAUGCCACCAAAUCUAUUGCCUAAUGGUGCUCAAAUUAGUCAUGAUCCCUAUGCGUGGACUCAUGCCCGCCCUCCCUAUUGAGAGAGAGAGAGAGAGAGAGAGAGAGAGAGAGAGAGAGAUCAUCAUCAAUCUUCAAGGCUUCAGUUCAGAAGUGUGCAGGGAGAGAAAGGAGACCAAUCUCAAAUGCUAUUGUACAGAGAAUGCUAUAAAUUAAGCUUCUUUUCUUUAGUGUUGCAUAAAAUCUUGUGUGAAAUAAAAAAGAUUGUUUUCUUUUGAAUGAUCAAUAAUUCUCUAACCUA